GCAUAAGAAAUAAUGUUAAAAGUGUUGAUAUUGUGUCGAAGGAAUGGAUUAUGUGGGAUGUUAAAAAAAAUGCAUUCUUAUGUCACUUUAUGCCACGGCCUUAUAAUAAGGAAAGAUUAGCAAAAUUAAGAAAUCUUGUAAAAAAUUGUCAACCACCGAAUUACUCAUGGCCGAAAUACAUUGUACAGUCAUGCGGGAAAGCAAGAACGUAUUCUGAAGCAGAGGAAAAGUUAAAAAAAUUGAAUCUCCAGCAAUAUGUUCUUACAACGGAUAGUGAGUUAGAUGUUGAGACCGCAAGUAAAUCGAAAAACAAUUUCGAAGAAAUAAGUUAUAAUGAAAAACAAAUAACUGAUGAAUAUCAUCAAUCGUUUUCGAAAGAAAUUUAUGACGAAUCCUAUCCUCUAUCAUAUAAAACGUUCUAUAGACGAACGCCGUGCAUUGGUUCGCAAUAUGGGAAGUAUUAUUAGACAAUACAUGUCCCAAAACGUUGCAAAAAAUUAUACCACGGUAAAAAAAGUGGCUGGAAAAAAAGUUUUUAAAGAAACAGAGUUUUAUAACUGUUUAGAAGCUGCUGUAUCAAAUAAAUUUAAAAAAAAAGAAAAUCCUUUAUCCAAGAGGCAGUUUAAAGAAGCAAUACAAGCAAUCUUUAAUAAUGUAAAAGAUUGGAACGGCAAACGGGCGGAACAUCGAGAUCGCACGAAAAAUACAGAAGAAUUAUCCGAGUAGUAUGUUCUAUAUGUUCAA